AGCAUAGCCUCAACCUGUUCGCGCCUCAUUCGCUGCAACGAACCUCGAAACACGACGCGUACCUGUGGUCCCGAUCGCAUCAAAGUACUCCGCCGUAUGACAGUUAUUUUUUUUGCCAAAUGAAUCUCUGUUCAGCCGUAGAGAAUCCUUAUUGAGUGACACACACCUCCUAAAUAGAUAUUUUCAAUCCAAAUCAAAAAUAAAGCUAUACAAAACGAGCCAUAACACGCAUAAUACAUGUGCUCCAAGGCUUUGCUGCUCCUGGCCGCCAUGCUGGCAAUGCGCUGCUUUGGCAGCGGGUCUUCCUGGCGUACUGAGGUGGAUGCCACGGAGGUGGAGGACGUGGACGGGAACGGGGAAAGGGACAUGGCAGAAGCUGUAGUCGCGCUCGAAAACAAUAGAUAUAGCAGUAAUAACAACAACUACAACUACGCGUCGUUCGGCAACGUUGAUGGCAUUGCGGAUAGCAACGACAGCGAGCAGAACAAUGACAACUAUAACUACAACAAAGCACUGGCCAAAUGGCAGCACCAGGCGCUCCUACAGCAACAAAUGCUCUACGGAAAUCCCAUCCACAGCAUAUACGACUUCAGUCGUAGCCAGCCUCAGCCGCAGCCGCAGCAACGGCAACAUCUACGGCGUGAGUUUGAUGAUGAUCCAGAGAAUGCUGGCAAUGACUUCCGUCUGCAAUUGUCCGAUUUAAAUGCGGCCGUUCAAGGUGUGGGCAGGUUUGUUGUCGAGCACCAACACAGCCGGGACCAGGACAACGACAACGACAACAGCAGCAGCACAAACAAUGGUGACAGCAACAUUCAGACGCAACAAGAGGAAUUUUUGCUGGAGCGCCGGAGUCGCAACAGCCGAAGGGAUCCAGAGGCGGGUCAGCCGGAGCUUUAUGAUAACGAAUAUGCAGCAGCUGCUGCUGCUGCUGCUGCUGCUGCUGCUCCUGAUGCCCAUGUCGACAUUGAGGGCGAGGAGGACUUUGCCGUGGCGGCCGAGGGACAGGACGAGGAUGCGGAUGAGCUGAGUGAAAAGCUGCCCUACGGCAUUCAGAAUGUGCGCAAGCGUCGCGUUCGCAGCGUUAUGCCUCCCGCCCAGCAGCUGCUGGCUCCUAGCCCCAACAGUGAUGAGGUAACCUAUCAGUCGCUGUGCCCCACCAAUCGAGUCACUGUCAAGCUGGAAAGCGGGGACUACCGUCCCAAUCAUUAUGUGGAGGUCACCUGUGCCCAUAACUACGCCCCGCAGCCUCCGCGGGUCCACAACUAUGACUACGUCUACAGGAGCAACGAUCUGCUGCGGGCCCUGCUCGCGGAGCGGGGAGAGAAGCGUGAGAUCUGCUCGGCGAUAGGCUUCGCCUGCAUUCAGCUCAACCGCACCAUCCACCUGAUUCGGCUGAACGAUGCCUCCGGCUGCUGGGAGUCGGAAACCCGAACGGUGCCCUCCGGCUGCGAGUGCAUGUGGCCCAAGCACAGCUACGGAGACAUCGGCUUCUACCACCAGACACAGAAGCGGCACGGGGGCGUACGAGGGGGCGUACGUGUCGCCCCCAGCAUUGACUACAAGCCAGGCGUGGGCUAUCGCCAGCUGACGGUGCGAACCCGGAUUCCCAAGGCCGGGCCGCGCAGUCGACGCGAUGACUUGGGCUACGAGAGCUACGAGUUAAACUAGUAGCACAGCGAGUGUGCCAGUGCCAGUUCUAGGAGCAGUGAGUGGGAGGGUGUGCCAAGCACAUGCAGAGGAUUUGUGGAUUUUUGGAUUUGUGGCAGCAGAUUAGCAACUAAGUUGGAUCCGCAUAAAUUAUUUUCGCUUUAGUUUAGCCGUAAUGAGUAGAUCCCUUAGUAGUUCAGAUAAUUGUAAUGAAAUAUUAAUAAACAACUACAAUGGAGCAACAACAGAGCGAGCUAAUCCUCGAGGAGGCUUUGCGAACACACAAAUCAAGGGGAUUAUGGAAAUUAAAAUUCUCUUGCCGAGCGGACUUACAAUUAAUCCAAUUUCGGCGCCUUUUCACAAAAGUUAAUCCGGUGUACAGACAUAUAUGCAAUUCUGUAUAUGCAUUCGCUCGACUCAUGUCCACGGCCAUCGAUUCCGGCGAUUUAUAGCGCGACUCUCAUCGUAAAUUAAAAAUUAAGCGCCGACAACAAAGCAAUUGCCCAUUUUUACAUUUAUAUCAAAUGCGUUUGCAAGGCAUAAAUCAAUGUACAAUAAAUCCCCUCGUUGGAGCGCGAUAGUAAAUGAAUUGCCCUGAGCUUGGGUCUGGGCCUGGGCUAUGUGCUAGGUUAACU